CUCGUAUUGCGUUCACGAACAGUGAUCGAACACUAAAUUCAGUUAGCUCUUUUGUAGGCGCUAAGCCCAAACUAAACAUUAGGACCGAAAACGUAGACGACAUCGCGUCUUCGCUCGCACUCGCACUCGCUCCCGCACUCCUGCCUCAAACCUACAACAUAUUGCCAGGUACAAUAUGCCGCGUCUAGGAUCGAAGAAGUCUCGAAAUGGAUGUCAACAAUGCAAGCGAAGACGUAUAAAGUGCGACGAACAGUCUCCAUGUGCGAACUGUAUGCGAUAUGACUUCGAGUGCAGUUUGCUGCAACCUGACCGUGGACUGCCUAUAGUUCCGAAGCAUACGCAGUUCAUAAUGGAGGAUCCAGCACCAGGUGCACAAACACGUACCAGCUCGGCUCCCCCCCAAUCAAGUACUGACGAUGCAACUCCUUCUGUUCCAUCUCCAACAGUACAUGGGUUAUCUCAUAACAUCUGCGACUGGUCAGAUACAUGGCUGGCGGAUCUCGAGCUCAUGCAUCACUACACAGCACAUGCGUACCUCAGUCUGCCAGGAUCACCCGCAGCAAAGGAAACUUGGGGAUUUUGUGUGCCUCAGGAAGCCUUACAGUUUCCCUUCUUGAUGCACUGUAUUCUUGCAUUCUCGGCGUAUCACCUUGCCCACAUCAAACCGUCUAGCCAGCGCAAAUACAGGUAUCUUGCUUCGACUCACCAAGCGGCCGUGUUAGGCGAGUUGAACAAGGUGCUGUUGGAGGUUACAGCGCGUAAUUGCCACGCCAUCUUCGCCACCGCAAGCAUGAUCACUUUAAAUGCAUUUGCAGAGGCAGAGAAUGCAACGAUGGACAAUCUGAUGGAGGUCUUUCAUUUGUUACGAGGCAUGGAUACCGUACUCAGUUCCACGGAAUCUUUAGUACAUAAUGGUCCCUUCGCUACUAUCUUGAAAUCUGAUGCCGAUACCCCUAGACCUCCGCCACUCUUAUCUGCAAUGAUAGCAGAGCUGCAGGUUGCAGCGGCUACCGUACAUGAUGAUCCGCAUGGAUCGAAGGCAGCGAUGCUCCAGCUCAAGGACGCACUACAGCAUGGCAUAGACACGUCGAGACAUGCAGCUUUUCGGGCGACGGUCUAUUGGCCGAUCAAGCUUAAUUCUGCCUUCAUCGAGCUCCUAAAGAGCAAGGAGAAUGAUUCUGCAAACGAGGUCUUAGAGUACUACCUCAAAGUUCUGGAGUUGGCGGGCACAGACUGGUGGUGGCUAUCUGGAUGGAGGAAUUUCGCUCGAUGAUCAUUGUUAAGAAUGACAAUGGUAUCAUAUUUCGCAAUGAUGCACCGCAUCUCUGAUCCGAC